GAACCUUCCUCUCCUGCAGACCCUGCAUCCAUGUGCAGAUGGUAGAAAACAGACGGAGGAGAAGAAAGAAGAUGAGAUGAGUUUGAAGUGUUUGCUGGCUAACCGAGAAGCCAACAUUUUGACAAAUGGAGGAUCGUACGUGUUAUUUAGCAGAAGAAAAAGCGACGGAGCGAAAAGAGGAAGAAGUGAAACUAAAUGUGGACAGACGACGGCAGAAAACAAUGAUCAACAUCGGUGCGGCCUUCCCCAAAUGGAAAUCUCUGAUGAGGGACAAAUGUUUUCAGAGUGACGCCGAAGUUGCCUGUUUUCUGCUGCACAGAAUUGAUUGGACAGAUGAAGGCUCCCCUUCCUUUCAUGAAAAAGAUGAUGGAGAUAAAGAUGACAGCUCUGAUGAAGAGGAUCUUCCACCCAUUUGUAUACGAAUGGGUGGAGCAUUAAAGAAAGCACCAUCGAUUGAUCGACUUCCAGUUAUUGGAACGGGCGAGGCAGCGCAUGACCAGCCUGCACGUGAAGACCCUCCUGAUGAGGCUUCUCCCUGUGAUCAGGACCCUGUUUUCCCAUCCCCACAGCAGGUCCUUUGUGAAGAUGACAUCGUUGGUGCCAGAGCUUCAAUAGUAUACGAGGACUGCUUGAGACAGCUGGCUACAUUUCUGAUCCUGCCUGUGAAAAAAUGUACAGGGCGUUUAAAGACUGGUGUGGUGUGUGACUGUGUUGCCCCCUUUGAGAUCAACAUCACUUCCAAGGGCACAGCAACGAGUGUCGAAUGGAUCUGUCCCAAUGGACACAGCUUGUGGAGGUGGAAUUCCCAGCCUGUAAUGAAGUGUGGGACGCAAGCUGGAGAUUUUCUCUUGUCCACCAACAUUUUGUUGUCUGGCAACGACUAUGCGAAGGUCGCCCUCUUGUUCAAGUUCAUGAACAUGGGGAUGGUGAAGAAGAACACCUUCGUGUCCAUUCAGGACGCUUACUGUGUGGACACAGUGAAGGCCUUCUGGGAAGAGAGGAGGACUGAGGCCCUCAGUGGCCUUCAGGGGAAAGAUGUUGUGGUCCUAGCAGAGAACGACACCAAGGAGAUCAUUCAUGUUGCCACCAUCAACAAGCAGCAGACAUCCUGCAACUCAGUCGUCAUGGAGAAGGAGGGUUUUAUUGAGACUGUGGACAAGCUUACAUCAGAGAUAAAGCAAGAGGAGAUCUGCACAGGUGCUAAUGCCCAGAUCACAGCCCUUAUGAACCCAGAUGAAGGCAGAUACAAGGAUUUUGGAAUUCAUCACACGUGGCAUGGUGCCAAGAACCUGGUCAAACAAAUAGCUGCUGCACCUUGGGUUGACAUCAUUCACCAUGUAUGUGACAGUCAUACCUCAACUAAUGGAAGGUGUCAACAUGGGCACCUGGACGAAACACCUGGAAAGGCGUUGCUCCAGAAAGACUCCAGGUGCCACAAAGCUUUAGUGGACAUCGUUCUCAAGAAGUGUUGGAUGAAGGAUGUGCAUAAAUACCUGCGCUUCAGAUCAGCUGCAGACCAAGAGGCAUUCCAGAAUCAGAUACUGAUGUAUGUCAGCAAGCAAUCCACCUUCAGUCCCCCACUUUAUGAGUCAAAAGUUCUGCUUUCUGCUCUGGACUAUAACUUCCACCAGAACCGACCAACAAUGAAAACAGCAGAAGGCAAAGAGAUUUUCAGAAGGCCGCACAAGAAAAACAGCAGAAGACACAGGUUAUACGCACUGAAAUCUGAAAAAAACUACUCAUAUAUCUCUGAGCUGCAAGCAAGGAUUGUAAAGCGGAGAAUCACAAGUGGAGUGGGGAUGCCUCGAAAGAAGUCAGUGUUGCCUGCAGAUGUCCAGCAGCUGUUGGUGAUUAAAGAAGAGGUUCCCUCUGAGUGGAGCCUCAGUCUGGACCAGGAGGAUCCAGAGCCCCUACACAUAAAAGAAGAACAGGAGGAACUCUGGACCAGUCAGCAGGGAGAGCAGCUUAAUGGACUGGAGGAGGCUGAUAUCACCAGGUUCCCAUUCACUGCUGUUACUGUGAAGAGUGAAGAUGAGGAAGAGAAACCUCAGUCUCCACAGCUUCAUCAAAGCCAAACUGAGGACAACAGAGAGGCAGAGCCUUCAGCCAGCAGCUCAGCUACGCAGAUAAAAACAGAAACUGAUGGAGGAUCAGAACCUGCUGGGAACCUUGAUCCAGAUAGUCAUUUACAACCAGAUACUGCUGAAAAAGCUUCAGACACUGAAGUCAGUGAUAAUGACUGGCAAGAACCUUUGUCAGAUUCUGAAGCUGAAAGUGAAGACAGUGACAAUGGUUGGAAGGAGACCAGAGCACCUGAGUCAGGUGUAAAUGCUCUGAAAUAUAAGGAAGCUCCUGUAAGUGAUGUGGGAUGUAAUGCUGGGAAAGAAUCAUUUAGCUGCUUUGAAUGUGGUAAACAAUAUCAACACAAGGGGUCUCUUCAGAGACACAUGAUGUGUCAUUCAGAAAAAAGGUCCUCCAACCGUCUGGUUAAUAAGAAAUGUUUCAGAAGGAAGGAAAAUGUAGAUUCACAGAUGAGAGUCCACACAGGAGAGAAACGAUUUGGCUGUGAUGUUUGUGGUAAAAGAUUUACAGUCCAGGGAGCUCUGAACAGACACAUGAGAGUCCACACAGGGGAGAAACCAUUUGGCUGUGAUGUUUGUGGUAAAAGAUUUAACCAGCAUCCACAUCUUAUUAGACACACGAGAGUGCACACAGGAGAGAAACCAUUUGGCUGUGAUGUUUGUGGGAAGAGAUUUACAGAUCAGGGAAAUCUCAAGCAACACAUGAGAGUCCACACAGGAGAGAAACCAUUUGGUUGUGACGUUUGUGGGGAAAGAUUUACAAAAAAGUUAACUCUUAGGAAACACAAGAGCGUCCACACAGGGGAGAAACUAUUUGGCUGUGAUAUUUGUGGGGGGAGAUUUACAAAACAGUUAACUCUCAAGAGACACAUGAGCGUCCACCCUGGAGAGAAACCAUUUGUCUGUGAUGUUUGUGGAAAUAGAUUUAACCAGCAAGCACAUCUUAAGAGACACAGGAGCAUCCACACAGGAGAGAAACCAUUUGUCUGUGAUGUUUGUGGGAAGAGCUUUGCAGAUCAGGGAAAUUUCAAUAGACACAUGAGAGUGCACACAGGAGAGAAACGAUUUGGCUGUGAUGUUUGUGGGAUGAGAUUUAAACUGCGUCCACAUCUUAAGAGACAUAUUGGGCAGCAUUUCCCACACAUAGACUUUAGUUAGGUGGGGCACCCAGGUAUAUUUGGUGACCUAUUUUAGCGUUCUGCAGAAAAACAGUUGUUAUCUAUAGGCGCUUUUCGACCAAAAGUACCAGGGAUAAAGCGAUGCACAGGCAUCAUUAUUUGUAACCAUGAUCCAUGAGCAACAUUUAUUAAUGAACAUCAGAUUUGACUGUAAUAUAAUUUCAAU